GCACAAGCCUUGAUUUAUGCUGGGAUGGCAGGGUCCAACUUGGAAAAUAUUCAAGAAAAAAUAAAUGAGUACUUGGAGAGAGUUCAAGCUCUCCAUUCAGCAGUCCAGUCACAGAACACAGACCCUCUGAAGUCAAAACAACAGUUGGACUUGGAGCGCGCUCGCUUCCUAGUUACACAGGCUUUUGAUGAAGACGAUAAAGGCAAUGCGGAGGAAGCUGUAGAGUUGUACACGGAAGCUGUGGAACUCUGUUUGAAAACAGCUACUGAAACGUCAGAAGCAGGCCUCCAGUCCAAACUGAAACAGCUGGCUCGACAAGCCCUGGAUAGAGCAGAGGCGCUAAAGGAAUCUGUGUCAAAGACAUCUCAGAAGGAGAAGUCAAUUGCAGCUAAACCGAAUCAGCCAGUCAGAACAUUCUUUCCGCUGGGACCUGAUUUUUCUUUAAAUGAUAAACCACAGACAAUCAGAGCAGUACAGGCUAGUGAAUCUCAAGGUCAGAGAUACACUGCAGAGGAGAUUGAAGUACUCAGGAAGACUUCAAAGAUUAAUGGCAUUGAAUACGUACCUUUCAUGAGCGUGGAUCUGAGGGAACGUUUUGCCUUCCCUAUGCCGUUUUCUGAUAAAUGUGGGAAGUUACCAUUAUCCCCCAAACAGAGAGCAAUGUUUGCGAAGUGGGUGCGACCAGACGACAUAACAAAUAACCCUACGAUGAUUUAUACUGUAUCAAGUUUCAGCAUAAAGCAGACAGUGGUGUCGGAUUGUUCUUUCGUGGCAUCACUUGCCAUCAGCGCAGCGUAUGAAAGAAGAUACAACAAAAAAUUGAUCACAAGUAUAAUUUACCCUCAGAAUAAGAAAGGAGAACCAGAGUAUAAUCCAUGUGGCAAAUACAUGGUGAAACUUCACAUCAAUGGGGUACCCAGAAAG